ACCGACUGAUGAAGCUGCACUACGGAGUACUGAAAAAUUGCGGCGGCGUGGAAUCUCUUUACAACAGAGGGGCCCUUUCGGCUUACGGACUUCAGCCAUGCAGGUGAGCGAAAACGGAAUCAGAGUGCAGUAGUCUGUACAAGUAGUGAAAAGACGUAGGUAGGUACAGCCCACAACAGAGCGCCAGGUACGGUGCACACGACCUUCGGCCCCCUCAGUUGAGGUCAUUCGCCCGCCCUCCCUUGCCCUCGCACCUGGGCUGUCUGUUCUGCAAGGAGCCAGGGAAGUCAAUGGCAAGCAGGAGUUUGUUGUUUGUCGUUUGUCUUGCAGGUUCCGCAGCGAUCAUCGUCUUCUGCUCCUCGGGGAUUGAACAAGUGCCGCCUCUCGGAUAUGAUGAUCAAAUUAUGUUGAGAAGUGCCAUGUCGAGACGCUUUGGAGUGCAGCGAGUGGCGGUAUUACCAGACACAUGGCGUUGCUGCAACUUGCUGCACAUCACACACACCAAACUCCGUCGCUCGCUUCCCCCUCUCACUUUUCAGCCGUGUGUGUACUCCAAUCAGGCAACUGCAGCGAGCUGGACCCUAGCCAAUAAUCCUUUUGCCCAUGGAUGGGUUCGCUCGGAGCGCCUGUUCGUCGGCGGCAUUCCCAUGCUGCUGGGUUCUCUUCCCUCUGCCUCUCAGCGUCUGAUACUGUCUGAGAGAGCUUCCACUCCGCCAAACGCCCCUAAAACUAUCUUCAAGGCGUUCGUAACUUCAUGCUCGUUUUCUCUUCUGGCGUAGCUUCGACGCUCUCGACUUCCAAGGUUGACGCCCGUAUGCACUGCUGCUGAAUAUUGCUCACAGAAGAGAGGGUUGGCAUGGCACGGGCCAGAACUGAUUCCAAAAGCCACCGAAGCGUGGGGGUCAGCUCCUCCAGUUGAGCCCGCGACGCUACUGAGCAUCACGACGGUGGAGCAAUAUACGGAGUCCA